CACAGGCGCGGCCUGCUGACGUGGACUGGGCAGCGGGGCCGAGCCGGGCGCCAAGGAGAGCUGCGGUGGCCGCUGUGCUUGCAGAGCGGCGAGCGAGGCCGGGAUGGCGGCGCGGCUCGCUUCGCGCUGGGGACCCGGGGCUGCCGGCCAGCGCCCAUGGCUGCUGCUGGCCCCGCUGCUGCUGGCCCCGUUGCUGGCGCGGCCCGCCGAAGCCCUGGUGGAAGGGCUGUACUGCGGCACGCGCGACUGCUACGAGGUGCUGGGCGUGAGCCGCUCGGCCAGCAAGGCAGAGAUCGCGCGGGCCUACCGCCAGCUGGCCCGGCGCUACCACCCAGAUCGCUACCGGCCGGAGCCUGGGGACGGACCCGGGGGCGCGCCGCCGAGCGCCGAGGCUUUCCUGCUAGUGGCAACCGCCUACGAGACGCUCAAGGAUGAAGAAGCACGGAAGGACUACGACUACAUGCUGGAUCACCCAGAAGAGUACUAUAGCCAUUACUACCACUACUACAGCAGGCGCCUCGCCCCAAAAGUGGACGUGAGGGUGGUGAUCUUGGUCAGUGUGUGUGCCAUUUCCAUGUUCCAGUAUUUCAGCUGGUGGAAUAGCUACAAUAAAGCAAUCAGCUACCUAGCCACAGUACCCAAGUACCGCAUCCAGGCAACAGAAAUCGCCAAGGAGCAGGGACUGCUCAAAAAAGCCAAAGAAAAAGGGAAAAACAAGAAGUCCAAAGAAGAAAUCCGUGACGAGGAGGAGAACAUCAUAAAGAACAUUAUAAAAAGUAAAAUAGACAUAAAGGGGGGCUACCAGAAACCUCAAGUUCGGGACCUCCUCUUGUUUCAAGUCAUCCUCGCCCCUGUUCACCUGUGCUCAUACAUAGCCUGGUAUUGCCGGUGGGUCUAUAACUUUAACAUCAAAGGCAAAGAAUAUGGGGAGGAAGAGAGACUGUACAUCAUCCGUAAGUCCAUGAAGAUGUCCCAGUCUCAGUUUGACAGCCUGGAGGACCACCAGAAAGAAAUGUUUCUUAAGCGAGAGCUUUGGAUAAAGGAGAAUUACGAGGUCUACAAGCAGGAACAAGAGGAAGAAUUAAAGAAAAAAUUGGCAAAUGACCCUCGGUGGAAGCGAUACCGCAGGUGGAUGAAGAAUGAAGGGCCUGGACGGCUGACCUUUGUGGACGACUGAAGAUGCUGCAUGCUGCUGUGCCAAACUCUAAUUGUGAAGUCGCUUGCAUAGCAGUUAUUUGGGAAGUGUGCCUGCUGCUCUCAGCAGUAGCUGCCAUUCACAAGAUAUGAUUGAUUAAACAGAAUAAUGUAGAAAUUCCAACUUUCCUUAAGACUUUAUACAGAAGACAUUUAUGAUGGGUCAAUUUUUAUAAUCUAUUUGUGGAUUUUGUUUAAAAAAAGAUUUGACAUGGGGACUUAUUAGUUGCCAUUUAAAAUUUUUAUAUGUUUAGUUAAAUUUGACAUGAAAUUUAUUAGAUACCAUUUAAAACUU